GGCUCGCGCUGGGGCUGAGCAUCAGGCUGGCGGUAGAGGCGCUGCAUUCGGAGCCGUCCCGGAGCCGGUGAACUGGGCGGUCUCGAGGGCGGGGCACUGGGAGAAGAGGGUGGCCGCUGUGCCUUGCGCAGCCGAGGAAGAUGGUAUUCGAGUCGGUGGUCGUGGACGUGUUGAACCGGUUCUUGGGGGACUAUGUGGUGAACCUGGACACGUCCCAGCUCUCUUUGGGCAUCUGGAAAGGAGAUGUGGCCCUCAAGAAUCUUGAAGUCAAAGAAAAUGCCCUGAGUCAACUGGAUGUGCCCUUUAAAGUUAAAGUUGGUCAUAUUGGUAAUCUUAAACUUAGAAUUCCAUGGAAAAACCUUUAUACUCAACCAUUUGAAGCUGUAUUAGAAGAUAUUUAUUUACUCAUAGUGCCUUCUUCCAGAAUAAAAUAUGAUCCUUUAAAGGAAGAAAAACAACUCCUAGAAGCAAAGCAACAGGAAUUAAAAAGAAUAGAAGAAACAAAGCAAAAAGUAGUUGAUCAAGAACAACAGCGGGAAGAGAAACAGGAUACUUUUACAGAAAAAUUAGUUACUCAGAUCAUAAAAAAUCUUCAAGUGAAAAUUUCCAACAUCCAUAUUCGUUAUGAAGAUGAUAUCACAAAUCGUGAGAAACCGCUGUCAUUUGGUAUUUCUUUACAAAAUCUCAGCAUGCAGACCACUGAUCAGUACUGGGUUCCAUAUUUACAAGAUGAAACUGAGAAACUAGUUCGUAAGUUAAUUCGAUUGGACAAUCUUUUUGCCUACUGGAAUGUACAGUCUCAGAUGUUUUAUCUUAAUGAUUAUGACAAAUCAUUGGACAACUUGAAGAAUGGCGUUGUUAAUGAAUAUAUUGUUCCAAAAGGUUAUGAUUUUGUAUUUCGCCCCAUAUCUGCUAAAGCCAAACUUCAGAUGAAUCGCCGAUCAGAUUUUGACUUUUCUGACCCCAAAAUAAACUUGGAAGUUGAGUUACAUAGCAUAGCAAUUGAAUUUAAUAAACCACAGUAUUUCAGUGUUAUGGAGCUUCUUGAAUCAGUUGAUAUGAUGACACAAAACCUGCCAUAUAGGAAAUUCAAACCUGAUGUUCCUCUUCAUUUCCAUGCCAAGGAAUGGUGGGCUUAUGCUAUACACGGUAUUCUUGAAGUAAAUGUUUGCCCCAGCUUACGGAUGUGGUCAUGGAAGCAUAUUCGGGAACAUAGACAAAAACUGAAGCAAUAUAAAGAACUGUACAAAAAAAAGUUAAUAAAUAAGAAACCACCUGGUGAAAUUCUCAUGUCUUUAGAGGAGCUGGAAAAAGCCUUGGAUGUCUUUAAUAUAACUAUAGCUAGACAACAGGCAGAAGUUGAGUUAAAGAAAACUGGAUACAAGAUUUAUAAAGAAGGAAUAAUUGAUCCAGAGGAUAAAAAAGGAUGGUUUAACUGGCUGUGGACUUGGUCAGAAUCACAUACUAAAGAACAACCAGAUGUUAAACCUGGAAUUCUGGAAGAAAUGUUGACACUUGAAGAAAAGGCUUUACUCUAUGAAGCAAUUGGCUAUAGUGAAACAGCAGUUGAUCCAACCUUGCCCAAAACAUUUGAAGCCAUGAAGUUUUUUGUUCACUUGAAAAGUAUGUCCAUCGUUCUAAGGGAAAAUAACCAAAAACCUGAGCUGAUACACAUUGUAGUAGAAGAAUUUAGCACUUUAAUUGUGCAAAGACCAGGAGCACAAGCAAUCAAAUUUGAAACCAGAAUAGACUCAUUUCAUAUUACUGGCUUACCAGAUAAUUCAAAAAAACCCCGCCUCCUGUCUUCAUUGGAUGGUACAUCACUCUUCCAGAUUAUAUUUGAGAUAAAUCCAUUAGAUGAAACUGUUUCUCAGAGGUGUAUCAUAGAAGCUGAACCAUUGGAAAUGAUAUAUGAUGCAAGGACAGUGAAUAGUAUAAUAGAAUUCUUCAGACCUCCAAAAGAGGUACAUCUAGCACAGCUCACUUCAGCAACUUUAACAAAACUUGAAGAAUUUCGUGAAAAGACAGCAACAGGUCUUUUGUAUAUUAUUGAAACACAGAAAGUUCUUGACCUCAGAAUUAACUUGAAGGCUUCAUACAUUAUUGUACCACAAGAUGGAAUUUUUACUCCUACAUCUAAUCUACUACUUUUGGAUCUUGGUCAUCUAAAGGUGGCAAGUAAAAUUCGUUCGGAAUUACCAGAUGUGAAACAAGGUGGGCCCAACCUUGAAGAAAUCAUGCAAAGAGCUUAUGAUUCCUUUGAUAUUAACCUUACAAGCAUACAACUACUUUAUAGUAGAGUAGGUGAUAAUUGGAAAGAAGCACGAAAACUCAAUGUAUCUACACAGCAUAUUUUGGUGCCCAUGCACUUCAAUGUGGAACUCUCUAAGGCCAUGGUUUUCAUGGAUAUAAAGAUGCCCAAAUUCAAGGUUUCUGGAGAGUUACCUCUUGUUUCUUUACGAAUCUCUGAUAAAAAACUGCAAGGGAUUAUGGAAUUGGUGGAAAGCAUUCCAAAACCUAUAUUUACAACUGAUGUGUCUGCCCCUGUCAAAUCAAUUCAGGUUCAAGCAUAUACUGGUUCAGGACCGUCACAUAUUUCACAGAAAAUAAUUCCUGUCUUGGAACUUCCACGUAUUACUGAGGAUGACUCAGAAGAAGAAUUUUUUGAUGCACCAUGUAGUCCCUUGGGAGAGUUUCCUCAAGUUCCAGUUAGAGUUAAAAGUACUCAACACAAAAAAUUACAAAAGCAAGAUUGUUCAGUAAAUUUGACUGAGAUUAAAAUGCGAUUUGAAGUAGCAGAGGUUUUGAUUCAAUUUUAUCACCUUGUGGGUGAUUGUGAACUACCUGUGGUAGAAAUUGAUGUUUUAGGAUUAGGCACAGAAGUUGAACUUAGAACAUUUGAUUUGAAAGCAAGUGCCUUUUUGAAAGAGUUCUGCUUAAAAUGCCCAGAAUACUUAGAUGAAAACAAGAAACCUGUUUAUUUGGUCACAACACUGGAUAACACAAUGGAAGAUCUGUUAACAUUGGAAUAUGUGAAGGCUGAAAAUAAUGCACCUAAUUUGAAAAGUACCUAUAACAAUGUUUUACAACUGCUUAAGGUGAAUUUUUCAUCUUUGGAUAUUCAUUUACAUACUGAAGCACUUCUGAAUACAAUGAAUUAUCUCAAUAACAUCCUUCCACAAUCAGUGGAAAAACCAACCUCAGUGUCUGUUCCAGAGACUGAAGACAAAGGAGAUGUCAUUAAAAAAUUGGCUUUAAAACUAUCCAUGAAUGAAGAUAUUAUAACCUUGCAGAUUUUAGCAGAAUUAUCAUGUAUACGGAUUUUUAUUCAAGAUCAGAAACAUAACAUUGCCGAAAUUAAGAUUGAAGGACUUGAUUCUGAAAUGAUUAUGAGGACUUCAGUUAUGGAAAUAAAUGCCAAGCUAAGGAAUAUAAUUGUUUUGGAUUCUGAUAUAAUGGCUGUGUACAAAAAGGCUGUGUAUAUCACUGGAAAAGAAGUUUUCAGCUUCAAAAUGGUUUUUUACACGAAUGUAACUGCUGGUUCUGCAGACACAGAUAUGAAUGUGGUUGACGUUCGGUUUAAUUUAACUGUUGGUUGCAUUGAAGUCGUUUUUGUCACAAAAUUUCUAUAUUCCAUAAUAGCUUUUAUAGAUAAUUUUCAAGCAGCAAAACAAGCCUUGGCUGAAGCAACUGUUCAGGCAGCAGGAAUGGCUGCUACUGGUGUAAAAGAACUGGCACAAAGGAGUUCUAGAUUUGCAUUAGAUAUUCACAUCAAAGCCCCAGUUGUGGUUAUCCCACAGUCUCCUGUUUCUGAAAAUGUUUUCGUUGCUGAUUUUGGACUUAUCACAAUGAAAAAUACAUUUGUUCAAAUAUCAGAGAGCCAGAGCUAUCCCCCACCUAUUAUUGACUUGAUAACAAUAAAGCUGAGUGAAAUGAGACUAUAUAGGUCUCAGUAUUUUAAUGAUGCAUACCAGGAAGUACUGGACCUAUUACUGCCAUUAAAUCUUGAAGUGGUUGUUGAGCGAAAUAUGUCCUGGGAAUGGUACCAAGAAGUUCCUUGUUUUAAUGUAAAUGCUCAGCUAAAACCUAUGGAGUUUAUUCUUAGUCAAGAAGAUAUGACUACUAUUUUUAAAACAUUAUAUGGCAACUUAUGGUAUGAAGAUGUUAAUGCCUCAUCUGCUAGUGUGAAAGACCACUCUGGCAAUUCUAAUGGAGUAGCUAAUGCUUCAUACCAUUCAGGAGGAGCAACUAUGGUAACAGCUGCUGUUGUAGAAGUACAUUCCAUGCUUCUCAAGACAACACUAAAUAUGAGUUUCAAAACUGAUUAUCUCACCAUGGUACUGUAUAGUCCAGGUCCUGAACAGGAGGCUUUUACAGAUGUUCGUGAUCCUUCUCUGAAACUUGCUGAAUUCAAGUUGGAAAAUAUUACAAGUAAUUUAAAAAUGUAUACAGAUGAAUCAAUAUUUUCUUCUUUCUCAUUAAGAAACUGUAUUUUAGAUGAUAAAAGACCUCACAUCAAGAAAGCAACUCCUAGAAUGAUAGGACUGACAGUUGGGUUUGACAAAAAGGACAUGAUGGAUGUUAAGUUUAGGAAAAUCAGAGAUGGUUCUGUGACUGAUGCAGUCUUUCGUGUGGAAUUCCUGCUGACAGUUGCAAAUGUCUUUUUGGAGGCAUACACAGCAGGGUCUAUUACAGAGACCAAUGUUCAAGCAUGGACUUCUAAAGAAGCACCUGUACAGGAAUCAGAGAAAUGGGAAGUUAAUAUUCUUAUUAAAAACCCUGAAAUUGUGUUUGUGGCUGACAUGCCAAAAAAUGAUGCUCCUGCCUUGGUCAUUACAACACAAUGUGAAAUUUGCUGUAAAGGUGACAGUAAAAAUAGUACAAUAACUGCUGCUAUUAAAGAUCUCCAAAUCAGAGCAUGCCCAUUUCUUCCAGCCAAGAGAAAAGGCAAAAUCACUACUGUUUUGCAGCCCUGUGACUUGUUUUUUCAGUCUACUCAGACAGGUACAGAUCCACAAGUGAUUGAUAUUUCAGUAAAAUCCCUUACACUAAAGGUUUCACCAGUUAUCAUAAAUACCAUGAUUACUAUAACUUCAGCACUUUAUACAACUAAAGAAACCACCCCAAAAGAGACGGCUUCUUCUUCAGCACAUUUAUGGGAAAAGAAGGAUACAAAGAAUUUAAAAAUGUGGUUUCUUGAAGGAUCAAAUGAAACUGAAAAAAUAUCUCCCUCAGUUGAAUUGGUACCCAAAGGAGAGAUGAUGAAAUUGAACAUUGAUUCUAUUUUUCUGGUUCUUGAGGCUGGAAUUGGUCAUAGAACAGUGCCUAUGCUUUUGGCAAAGUCAUGUUUUUCAGGGGAAGGCAAAAACUGGAGUAGUCUAAUAAAUCUCCACUGUCAGCUUGAGCUAGAAGUUCAUUAUUAUAAUGAAAUGUUUGGUGUAUGGGAGCCUUUGCUUGAACCAUUAGAAAUUGAUCAGACUGAAGACUUUAGACCAUGGAAUCUUGGAAUCAAGAUGAAAAAGAAAGCAAAACAAGCUAUUGUUGAGUCAGAUUCUGAAGAAGAAAACUACAAAGUGCCAGAAUAUAAAACUGUCAUCAGUUUCUAUUCAAAAGAUCAGUUAAACAUUACAUUAUCCAAAUGUGGCCUUGUAAUGUUAAGUAAUUUAGUUAAGGCAUUUACCGAAGCUGCUACUGGAUCUGCACCUGUCUUUGUAAGGGAUCUAGCACCAUUUAUGAUUUUAAAUUGUCUUGGACUUACGAUCUCUGUUUCACCAAGUGAUUCUUUUAAUGUACUCAAUGUUCCUCUGGCAAAGUCAUAUACAUUAAAAAAUAUGCAAAGUUUAAGUAUGGAUUAUGUCCGAACUAAGGACAAUGACCAUUUUAAUGCAAUGACCAGCCUAAGCAGCAAACUCUUCUUCAUUCUUCUUACUGCUGUUAACCACUCGACUGCUGAUAAGAUUCCUUUAACAAAAGUAGGACGAUGUCUGUACACUGUAAGACACAGAGAAUCUGGAGUUGAAAGAUCUAUUGUUUGUCAAAUUGAUGCAGUAGAAGGAAGUAAGAAGAUAACAGUUCGCUCACCAGUGCAGAUUAGAAAUCAUUUUUCAAUUCCAAUCUCUGUUUAUGAAGGAGAUACUUUAUUGGGAAUUGCUUCACCUGAAAAUGAAUUCAACAUACCAUUAGCAUCUUACCGAUCAUUUCUUUUUCUGAAGCCAGAAGAUGAGGACUAUCAAAAGUGUGAACCAAUUGACUUUGAAGAAAUUAUAGCAAAUGAUGGAGCUCUUCUUAAGAAGAAAUGUAGAUCUACAAACCCUUCUAAGAAAUUAUUUAUUAUUAAUAUCGUCCCUGAAAAAGAUAGUUUGACAUCUCUGUCAGUAUAUUCACAAGAUGGUUGGGACUUACCUUAUAUAAUGCAUUUGUGGCCACCCAUCCUACUUCGAAAUCUUCUUCCUUAUAAAAUUGCUUAUUAUAUUGAGGGGAUUGAAAAUACAGUUUUUACUCUCAAUGAAGGAUAUUCAGCCCAGGUUUAUACUGAACAAGUGGAUAAAACCAAACUACAUUUAAAAUUGCUUGAUUAUCUUAAUCAUGAUUGGAAAAGUGAAUUUUAUAUAAAAUCUAAUCAACAAGACAUUAGUUUCAUCAGUUUUACCUGUGUUACAGAAAUGGAAAAGACAGAUUUAGAUAUUGCUAUCCACAUGACUUACAACACUGGUCAGGCAAUCGUGGCAUUUCAUAGUCCAUACUGGAUGGUCAAUAAAACUGGCCGAAUGUUACAAUACAAAGCAGAUGGAAUUCAUCGAAAGCAUCCACCUAAUUACAAAAAGCCAGUUCUCUUUUCUUUUCAGCCAAAUCACUUUUUUUAUACCAAUAAGGUUCAGCUUAUGGUAACUGAUAGUGGGUUGUCAGAUCAGUUUUCAAUUGAUACUGUUGGUAGUCAUGGAGCCGUUAAAUGCAAAGGCCCAAAAAUGGAAUAUCAAGUUGGUGUCACUAUAAACCUUAGCAGUUUUAACAUUACCAGAAUUGUGACAUUUACUCCUUUUUAUAUGAUUAAAAACAAGAGCAAAUAUCAUAUAUCAGUGGCUGAAGAGGGAAGUGAUAAAUGGCUCUCUCUUCAAUUCGAGCAG